AUGAGAGGAAACGCUGCUCAGGUCAAGGUCCACUUCAAGGGUGCCGACGACGACUACAUUGUCUUUGUCGACUCUGCCCAGGCCGUCCGUGACUGGAAGGCCGACAAGUCUGUUCCUCUCGCUCAGGUCGUCAGCGGCUGGAAGAUCUUCGUUACCCACAAGCAGGGUACCACCGGCAUCCUCGAUGGCGCCUCGAACAGCCAGCUUGAGAACGAGUUCGGAACACACAAGGAGGAGGAGGUCGUCAAGCAGAUCCUCGAGAAGGGUGACAUCCAGGAGUCUGAGAACUCUGCUCGUAACGGUGACAGAAACAUCACCCAGGGCCCCUCGGUCGGCCACUAA